AAGAAGAUCCCUUCUUCCAUUAACACGUGUGGUGAACGUUUGUGCUCCCUGCAUGCGUUAGAACUCAAGACUUUAAACCUGUUAAACAUUUGGUGAAGCAACGUAUCCUGCGCCGUUUUUUCCAGCCCCUUUAAAGCCAGAAGGUAAACAAGUAGUCCUCCGUGAAGCAUUUCGCCGAGAGGGCCGAAAUACGAGAAAAAUACUCCGCAAUGGCUGAGCCACAAGUGAACCCUAAGGCCUACCCGCUGGCCGAUGCUACUCUCACCAAAACCAUCUUGGACCUGGUGCAGCAAGCCUCCAACUACAAACAGCUGAGGAAGGGAGCCAAUGAAGCCACUAAAACUUUGAACAGAGGCAUCGCAGAGUUUAUUGUAAUGGCUGCUGAUGCUGAGCCACUGGAGAUCAUCCUUCACCUGCCGCUGCUCUGUGAGGACAAGAACGUCCCGUAUGUGUUUGUCCGCUCCAAGCAAGCGCUGGGCCGUGCCUGUGGUGUGUCCCGUCCGGUCAUUGCCACCUCUGUCACCAUAAAGGAGGGAUCUCAACUAAAGCCACAGAUUCAGUCAGUUCAAAUGGCUAUUGAGAGAUUGCUGGUGUGACUUUUGAGCAACAUUGGUAAAGAUUUCCAAAGGUGGAUGUAUCCCUUGCUUCAAUUUUAUGUUGGAUUUAAAAAAAAUUUUUUGCAUGAAAAUUUUUUUUUUUUAAUAUUGUAUAUUUUGUAGGGUAAUCACCUUUAUGUUAAUAAACAUUCUUUUUUUUUUUUGCA